AAACAUGGCAGACAACCAUUUAACUCUUCCCCUUUGGUCUCCUCAUUGAGAAGAGAAACAAGCUUCCCGAGCUUCUUCACUCAUGUUUCCUUCUUUCCCAGUUUGAAAACUAGAACACCCCAUAACCAUCCUUCUUUUAUCUCACAGCUCCCCUCUUUCGGGCUCUUACAACUUCUCUGCUCCAUUAACAAUGAUCACUGGCAAGGACAUUUAUGAUGUUCUAGCGGCAAUUGUGCCUCUAUAUGUUGCUAUGAUUUUAGCCUAUGGCUCAGUCCGAUGGUGGAAAAUCUUUACACCUGACCAAUGCUCAGGCAUUAACCGUUUUGUAGCAGUCUUUGCAGUUCCUUUAUUGUCCUUCCAUUUCAUAUCAUCCAAUGAUCCUUAUGCUAUGAACUAUAGGUUCAUUGCUGCGGAUACUCUUCAAAAAGUUGUUAUUCUUGGGGCUCUUUUUAUUUGGCAAGCCUUUAGCAAACGUGGGAAUCUUGAAUGGAUGAUCACUCUCUUCUCUCUUUCUACUCUCCCAAAUACUCUUGUCAUGGGAAUCCCUCUUUUGAAAGCCAUGUAUGGAGACUUCUCAGGGAAUCUUAUGGUUCAAAUUGUGGUUUUGCAAAGUGUAAUUUGGUAUACUCUUAUGCUCUUCUUGUUUGAAUAUAGAGGAGCUACGCUACUAAUCUCCGAGCAAUUCCCUGAAACGGCUGGGUCUAUUACAUCAUUCAGAGUUGACUCUGAUGUUGUUUCGCUCAACGGGCGAGAACCAUUACAGGCUGACGCUGAGAUUGGAGAUGAUGGUAAGCUACAUGUGGUGGUGAAAAGAUCAAAUGCAUCAUCAAUAGUGUCUUCCUUUAACAAGUCUCAUGGACUAAACUCAAUAACUUCAAUGACUCCGAGAGCUUCGAAUCUUACUGGUGUGGAGAUCUACUCGGUUCAAUCUUCCCGAGAGCCAACACCGAGAGCUUCAAGCUUUAAUCAAACAGAUUUUUAUGCCAUGUUUGCUAGCAAGGCCGCAAGUCCGAAACAUGGAUACACAAAUAGUUUCCAAGGAGGGAUUGGUGAUGUCUACUCUUUGCAAUCUUCGAAAGGAGCGACACCAAGAACUUCAAAUUAUGAUGAGGAGAUGUUGAAGUUAGGGAAGAAAAAAGGAAGAACAAAUAUGAGUGGUGAAUUGUUUAAUGGUGGCAGUUUAGUUUCUUCUUAUCCACCUCCAAAUCCAAUGUUUUCAGGGUCUACAAGUGGUGGACCAAAGAAGAAGGAAAGUGGUUCUGGUAGUGCAAUGCCUAACAAGGAGCUUCAUAUGUUUGUUUGGAGCUCGAGUGCAUCUCCGGUUUCAGAAGGGAACCUGAGGCAUGCAGUUAAUGGAGCUGCCUCCACUGAUUUCGGGGUCACCGACCCUUCUAAAGCGGCUUUUCAACAUGAAUCCGCUGCUUCAAAAGCAAUGAACCAAUUAAUUGAAAACAUGAGCCCUUCUGGGAAAUGGAGUGGAGAAAAGGAACAUGAUGUAGAAGAUGGGUGCAAGUUUCCUCAAAAUGUGUCUCCCUUCACUUGCCAAAAGAAGAUGGAUAUGGCAGCAGAUUGCUCAAAAAAACACCAAAUGCCUCCUGCAAGUGUCAUGACUAGACUCAUCCUUAUCAUGGUCUGGAGGAAGUUGAUAAGAAACCCUAAUACUUACUCAAGCCUUUUGGGUGUUAUAUGGUCUCUCGUAUCAUAUAGGUGGAACAUCAAGAUGCCGUCGAUAGUUAGUGGAUCUAUAGCAAUAUUAUCUGAUGCAGGUCUAGGAAUGGCUAUGUUCAGUCUAGGAUUGUUCAUGGCUUUACAACCAAAGAUUAUAGCUUGUGGAAAAUCAGUGGCAACUUUUGCAAUGGCAGUGAGGUUCUUGACAGGCCCUGCUGUGAUUGCUGCAACCUCUAUUGCCAUUGGCAUUCGUGGUGUUCUUUUACAUGUUGCAAUUGUUCAGGCAGCUCUUCCCCAAGGUAUAGUCCCUUUUGUAUUUGCCAAGGAGUACAACGUCCAUCCAGACAUACUUAGCACAGCGGUUAUUUUUGGGAUGUUGAUUGCCUUGCCCAUUACAAUACUCUAUUAUGUGCUUCUUGGUGUUUGACUUCAUGGAAAUUAAGGCAAGGAAAAGAGUAUACUACUGUAAAUCCAAGUCAGGCUAAGGUGGAUGGAUGAUAUAAAAGUUGCUAAAUAUUUUUUGUGCCAUUGGAGCAAGACAUAAACAUCGUGUCAUCAUCUGCAUGUGAUCUGCGGGUUUAAUAUACCUUUUGCUCAUGUCUUUACUUUGUUCAAUGUUACUGUUAUUUGUUUAAUUUUGCUACAUUACCAGGUUAGUUAGGUAGAAAGCAAUAUACUAGGGCUUAGGAUGCAAGAAAAGGAGGGUUAAUUAUUAUGUACUUGGGAGCUUAUUACACUGACUUCAAUGUAGCUCUUUGACUUUGCAGUCAGUUUACGUUGCUUGAUUCUU